AUGGAAUCUGAAAACUAAGAAAGUUAGGCACAGCUUAAAAAACCAAGAGAAGUCGACUUCAGAGCACGCAAGUUCCCUGUAGACAACUUUGUUGAGUGCUUGAAUGUUGAUGGUGUCUCUAAACUCCAUACCUACAGAUGGCCAGUUGAUGGUACUAGUGCUGAGAAGCCGCCUAAAGCAGUUAUCAUAAUGUUUCAUGGAUUUGGCUCAUAUGUAGGCAAGUACACCCACAUGGCUCACAUUUUUGUGGAAAGAGGAUAUGAAGUGUGCGGACUUGACUGCAUGGGAUUUGGGAAUAGUGAAGGCAUAAGAGGAUUUAUUAAGGAUCAGGGCGAAUUUCAAAGAGAUGGCUUCAACUUCGUUGUCAAGGCUAAGAAUUUCUACAAUGAACUGUACGGAGGAAAAAAAGUGCCAAUGAUAGGCUGGGGCUACAGUUAGGGAGGGAAACUAGUUUUAGGAAUUUAGGAGUUGCUUCAAAAUGAGUUAUAAGAUUCAUUCGAAGGCAUGAUUCUCAAUACUCCAAAUCUCAAGGUAGAUACCAGCCACUUAGAUGAGGAUUUCAUGAAAAUGCUCAGUGAAAUCUCUGAUCCUCUCCAAACUAUCCCUUGGCCAUUCAAGCCACUCAAAGAUAGUGAUUUCCUUUUGGGUUAUGUGAAGGACGAGCUUUAAUUCCUGGGGCCUCAUUACGGCAAAACAUAUUAUGAAAAUAUAGAAAUACAGUAGCAUAUUAAGGACAACUAUAAGAACAUCACAGUUCCAGUUUAAUUAGUGAUGGCCAAAGGAGACUCAGUGCUCAUUAAUGACGAUAUGGUCUAGAUGAUGGAAUCACUGUCAACUCCUGAAGACAAAAAAGAGAUUAAAGUCUAUGAGGGAGAUCAUUAUAUAAUGGUAGAUGGUUGGCUCUAUGAGGAAAUUAUUACUAAUCAAAUAAAUUUUCUCGAUAGAGUCCUUCAAUGA